AUGAAUACGCUACUACUAUUGCAUCCAACGAUAGUAACGGAGCCGCAGGCGGUAGAGGCCGCAAAGGAUUCGUUGGCGCAGAAGUUAGGCACCGACAAGUCCAAUAUUUCACAACAUAUCAUCGAUAGAGUGGCAACAGGCCAAGUUAGUUUGCGACCUUCAUACUACAACCAUAUACAGUACUUGGCACCUCCAGAGGCCAAUGUGAAAAAGCUCCCUGUUAAAUGUUAUGAAAUUAUCUUUGAAGCACUGCAAUCGAACGGAGUUUUUGAAGGAACCAUUCCUCCUGAGUCGGCUACAGAUGGUAUCCUUCAAGGUUUUUUGGUAGAGUCGGACACCAAAUGGGUCAAACCAAGCACUUUGGGCUCUGUAGUCUCACUGAAAAGACCAGCUGGACAGAAUAAAACCAAAUCAUCUGCUUUCAAGAAAGAAAUGCCAUUUUUCAAAAAGUUAUCUAGUCCCCCCACCUUGACAGAUAGCUCAGAGGCUGAUGAAGAUGAAGAAUCACAACUUAACGAAAAACUGAAGGGCAGCAAGCUGAUAUACUUUGAUGAGUCCAGUGAUGACGAGAUCAUUGAUGAAGAUGAGUUGCUGCGAGACGACGAUGGCGCCCUUAAAGGUCCAGUAGUUGUACCAGUUAAAUGUGCUCUCCCUAACGGAAAAAGACGAAAGAAGGCAUGCAAGGACUGUACAUGUGGUUUGAAAGAAUUGGAGGAAAAUGAGCAGAAUGAGCGCUUGGACGCCCAAGCUUCCAUCCUGUCUAAAUUAGCCACCUCUGCCAACGCUGAAGCGGAAAAAAUCGAGGAACGUCUUAGAAGAAAACAGGCAAGCAAAGAAGGUGAAGAAGUUAAAUUCACUGAGCAAGAAGUCACAGAGAUCGACUUUACCAUCCAAGGGAAAACGGGUGGUUGUGGAUCUUGUGCUUUGGGGGAUGCCUUCCGAUGCGAUGGGUGUCCGUACUUAGGACUACCACCCUUCAAACCGGGCCAGGCUAUAUCAAUUGAGGGACUAGGAGCGGAUAUUUAA